UGCUCACUCUGACCAGCAAAACAACUUAGGCCCCUCCCACACAAAAAGUGCUGCCCACACUCCGAUCCUGUGGCGCAUCUAGCUUCACUCCUCUAGUCAUGCCCAGCUUGGUACACCAGCCUCCGGCCUCGCUCCCAAGUGUUGACCUCUUGCGUUCUCCAAACCAUGCCUGGAUCUCCAGAUCUAGCUCUUUUCUUUGCGAAAAUUCACGUUUCGCCCCUGCCGCCUCUGGUCAAGCCCUAUUAAACCAGGCCCCGCCCCUGGUGCUCACCUGCGCAACCACCAGACCACGCCCAACGCUCCCAGUCCUAGCACCAGACCAGCGCCCAGCAACGGGACCAGGACUUGGGGAUACAGCGACCCUAAGGAAACAGCGUGGCGGGGAGGGAUGCAGACGUCAGGGCUUCUACCUCACCUUUCUGUGCCCACGCUGUCCUUCCCCGCCUGCAGUACCCCACCCAAGUCCACAAGUUUUGACUGGGGAGGCCUUUAGGAGCAGAUGCAAAUGUCCCACACCUGUUACUCCAGCAGCCUUCACUGGACUGGAGCCAUCAAGAUCACAUCAAGCCCAUGUGGAGGGGUGAGGUCCCUCAAACCUUUAGGGGGCCUGAAGCAGCAACUCUUUAGAAGAGCAGGAUCCCUGAAAAUCUCUUGACAACGGCUGUGACUACUACCAUUCUUGGGACCCUCACCAUGAAAGGCCUUCUUCUGUUCACCCUGUCUGCUCUGCUCUGCUGGGUGUCAGCUGAUAUCCGCUGUCACUCCUGCUACAAAGUCCCUGUGCUGGGCUGCGUGGACCGGCAGUCCUGCCGUCUGGAGCCAGGACACCAGUGCCUAACAACAAAUGUGUACCUCGGAAAGAUGUGGGUUUUCUCCAACCUGCGCUGUGGCACACCAGAAGAGCCCUGUCGGGAGGCCUUCAACCAAACCAACCACAAGCUGGGCCUGAACUAUAACACCACCUGCUGCAGCAAAGACAACUGCAAUAGCCCAGCCCCCCGGCCCACACCCACCCUGACCCUGGUUUUCCUCACUUCCUUGGCUGGCCUUGGCCUCUGGCUGCUGCACUGAGGCUCACUCUGUGGCUGUCCUUCCUCCCCACCUGCCUUAGCCAGAGCCUCUCUCCUUAUGGCUCCACAUCUCCUGUUUCCCAGAAUGAUCUUUCUCUGGCUCCCCUUCCUCUGAAGAGCGUUUCUCCAGUCCCUUCUCAUUUCUUUAAUGAAACAGUGCCCAGAGUGGUCUCCCUAUCUAUUUUUCCUAAACUGUACUCUCUGUUCUGUUUUUCCUGAGUCUUUCCCUUUAGACCACUCCAGAUCCUCCACUGGCUCAUGAAGGACUUCUACUUUGUCUUCUACACUCUGAGGUGCCCUCCUUGAGAGGAGGGAUUGGGAUCUGGGCCGGAAAUGGGGCUUCUGUCCCGUCUCCAAUGAAAGCCCCAGGAAGGACCUGAUGACCUCACUCUAUGGGACUGAUUCACCAAACCCUCUACUCAUCUUUUCCAUUUUGAGUAAUAAAUGUCUGUGUCUAAUAAAUUGUGCAUUCAUUUU